GGCCACAAUAAGAAAUGUUACGCGAGCAUGCAACCCGGGCAUAAAAGCAUUGCGCGUUGAUGUGUUGUAUCAAAUUUGACGACUGUUGCCAUUCGGAAACCCAGAAAAUGAUACAUUGUAACACUACGUAUCCCAGCAUUCUACACUGUGAUCCAUGUUGGUUGUUUUUUUUGCGGGUGGCUGAUAGGUUGCGCCGGUGUGAAAGCGAGGCCAAGAAUCCCACUAUACCAGGCGAAGGGGUUUCUUCUUUUUUUUUUCUCCGAAGCAGAGCUGGUGGUUUCAAUCAAAGGGAAGGCGAGGAAGCUAUGCGGGGCGAUGUAAGAUGGCAGAGCUGCAAAUGUUGUUAGAGGAAGAAAUUCCAGCCGGUAAAAGAGCUCUUAUAGAGAGUUACCAGAAUCUCACGCGGGUAGCAGACUACUGUGAAAACAAUUAUGUUCAGGCCACGGACAAGAGAAAAGCUCUGGAGGAGACCAAAGCCUACACCACCCAGUCUCUGGCCAGCGUGGCCUACCAGAUCAAUGCCUUAGCCAACAACGUGCUGCAGCUGCUGGACAUCCAGGCCUCGCAGCUGCGCCGAAUGGAGUCCUCCAUUAACCACAUCUCUCAGACGGUGGACAUCCACAAGGAGAAGGUGGCCAGGCGAGAGAUCGGGAUCCUCACCACCAACAAGAACACGUCGAGGACCCACAAGAUCAUCGCCCCUGCCAACAUGGAGCGGCCGGUCCGAUACAUCAGGAAGCCCAUCGACUACAACGUGCUGGACGAUGUGGGCCACGGGGUCAAGUGGCUCAAAGCCAAGCAGCAUGGAAAUAAUCAGCCAAUCAGAGGAGGAGGAGGAACACUAUCGAGGACCAAUCCGCCGACACAGAAGCCGCCUAGCCCGCCGCCCGUGACUGGGCCGAUGUCAGGGCGUGGCACUCUAGGACGCAACACGCCCUAUAAAACUCUAGAGCCGGUGAAACCGCCCACAGUGCCCAACGACUACAUGACCAGCCCUGCUCGUCUAGGCAGCCAGCACAGCCCUGGGCGCACUGCAUCUCUCAACCAGAGACAAAGAACCCACAGUGGUAGCAGUGGGGGUAGUGGCAGCAGGGAGAACAGCGGAAGCAGCAGUAUUGGCAUUCCCAUUGCCGUGCCUACGCCCUCCAUUCCCAACUCUGGUCCAGUCCCGCCAAUGUCCGCUCUCCCACCCCCCCCUCCUCCACUUCCUGGUCAUCAGGCUCCUCCGCCGCCUCCUCUCCCGGGGCAGGGCAACCCAGGGGCUCCUGCAGUGAUAGCGGUGGCUCCCGGGCCUGGUCUUGGCCCCAUCCCCAUGUCCCAGUUCGGCACCAUCUCACGGCAGAUCUCACGGCACAACUCCUCCACCUCCUCGGUCUCCAUGGUUUCGGCCACGGGCACCUACCGCCGGGCGCCGUCCGUCAGCUCCCAGUUCUCCCUGCAGCAGCAGCAGCAGGCCCUACAGCUACAACAGCAGCAGAUACAGCAGCCAUACAUUAAUGGGGGCACCCCCGCCUACCCCCACAACUCAAUGUCUAUCGCUCCCCCUCCUCCUCCCAUGCCCCAGCUGACUCCACAGAUACCUCUGACAGGCUUUGUGGCCAGGGUGCAGGAGAACAUUGCGGACACACCUACUCUGCCUCCGCCGCCUCCGCCGGAUGACCUGCCCAUGUUUGAUGAGGCUCCUCCCCCUCCUCCACCCCCGCCAGUUGACUAUGAGGAGGAAGAGGAAGCAGCUGUGGUGCACUACAACGACCCUUAUGCUGACGGAGACCCCCAGUGGGCGCCCAAGAGCUACAUAGAGAAAGUGGUGGCCAUCUACGACUACGUAGCAGAUAAAGACGAUGAGCUGAGCUUCAUGGAGGGAGCCAUCAUCUACAUCAUCAAGAAGAAUGAUGACGGCUGGUUCGAGGGCCUAAGCAGCGGGGUCACGGGCCUGUUCCCCGGCAACUACGUCGAGUCCAUCAUGCACUAUGCCGAGUGAAGGCACCCCGACUGCAUUGACUCAGUCAUAUCUAGUUUACUACAGAGACUAAUAAAAACAGGAGUCUGACCAUACAAAGCUUAGAGAAGUGAUUUUGGAUAUGACGGAACGCUUGUUCCCUUAUACUGAUUGCAAAUAAAUAAAACUAUUUACUUUAUUUAGGUGUUAUGGGUGGGUUGGGUGACGUUUUUAUCAAGUAUACAAAGAAUGAAUAGGAUAAGGCUGAUGUGCUCACAAGGGUUUGUGGUGUAAAGGUGUUUUCAAAGACCACAGUAAAACUAGCUGAAGGGCAUUUCAAGUUUUAUUCUUCUUUGUUCUUCAUGUCUACAUAUGCGCAACGUAACAUCUGACCCUGACUAUUCAUUAGCGUUUGUCGACAUCUAGUGACCUAUACAUUAUUCAUGAGCUUAUCGUGAUUUCUUUGUGUAUCAAGAGUAUUAUACUAUAUGGAGCAGCUCUCAUGCAUAUGGCAUUCUGGUGAUCUUGUGUGCACACCUUCAGUGGAAGUGUUACUACUGCUAAUUGUAUAUAAUGUGAGUGAGCUGCAGCCUGUUGGGUAAAUGCUAAUCACAGUAUCUCAAGCAGGCUACAUGCCACACAUGCAAAUGUCCAACAGGAGAUUCUGUUCUGUUUUCUAUAAUCACGGUUCUCACAAUCACAAGGCUGAUCCAUUUUGGAUGUUGAAUUCAAAGCUUUUUAUGAAUAACAAAACCUUUUACUUUUUUAUUUCAGUCAUUCCUGAAAUGAAGUCUGGAUGUAAAGCAUGCUAAAUUAAAAAUGUAUAACCUCUACGUUUUAAUGCCAUUAUGCUUCCAGUUUGUUGUAAUAUUUCCAUUUUAUUAUUUUUUUAUUGAUUGAAUUACCUAGAUAUAAAAGUCAUUUUCGGA